AUGAGCAUACGACUGAAUGAGACCCUGCACACCAUGGGAGAGAUCAAGACAGAGAUCAUCAACGCAGCAAAGCAAAUCGGCGAUUUAGUCGACUCGCUCAUCCUCCGCCAUGCACCAGCAAAACCGCUCGAGCCAACAAUGUAUAUCGAUCUCGAAGGUGUGAACCUCUGCCGUGAAGGCACACUUUCCAUCUUUACCCUUCUCAUUGAUACUGGCACGCCGACGCCAAGCGUUUACCUGAUCGAUGUAUUUUCCCUCGGCAUGCAAACAUUCGAAACCACCGGUGCCAAGGGUCAGACGCUGAAAGACGUCCUUCAAAACGAGAACAUCCCAAAAGUAUUCUUUGACGUCCGCAACGACGCAGACGUCUUGUUUGCACAUUUUGGCGUCGCACUACAAGGAGUGCAGGAUGUUCAACUUAUGGAGAGCGCUUCGAGGGCGACUGCGCGUUCUAGAAAGCAUCUGAACAGCCUAGCCAGGUGUGUUGAGCAAUAUUCGCCAGACAGGAGAGGUCUCGCCAGCUGGAAGCUGGCAAAGGAGAAUGGGACAAAACUGUUCAAUCCGAAAAGUGGCGGCUCCUUUACAGUCUUUGAGAAGCGACCAAUUCCUAGUGAGAUUAUUUCUUACUGCGUUGGCGAUGUUCAGUAUCUUCCCCAGCUGUGGAAAAGGUUUGAAGUAGCUGCCAAUAUGCAGCGGGACUUGGUGAACAACGAGACCAGGGAGCGCGUUCUGGCAUCUCAGAGACCCGGGUACAAACCGAAUGGCCCUAGUCGGACGUUAGCACCGUGGAACGAGGACCAGAACAGAACUCUGGACAGGUGUCAUGGACCUGGUCCUCGUGCCCACUUCGAUGAUGACGAAGCUUGGGAUUUCGACGAUGACAAAGUUUGGGAUUUCGAUUAUGAAGAAGACUUUGUUUUCAGUACAUACGACGAUUGGGUAGACGAUAGUCCGACAAACUGUAGGGACAUCAUUCCCGAGUGGGAUCUCGACCUCUACUACUCCGACUAG